UUUCCACCUUUUCCUUCUCUCCUCUAGGGUCAGUCGAGUCGGAGAAGCGGAGAAGCGAUGGCGGUUCUCUCAUAGACUUCACCAAGCAAAGUUUUAGCUUCUCGGAAAAAGUCUUUGAAUCUACGCGAGAGGGGAAAAGCCGUCAGUUUUUGGAGUGCUGGUGAAUGACUGAAGCGCGCACUUGACUGACUGUGGAGCGUUUACUGCUGUACGCGCGCGCGACGUGUCCUUGGCCACGGCAGAAUUUUGGGAGCCGCAGUUACGUUACUAGUUUGUGAACUUCGGAGAGAGCUAAUGCGUUAGCACAGCUCUUUAGCCCGCUCGUGUAAAGUGUUUCAACUAAGUAAGCCGGAGAGUGUCUAUAUGGACGAUCUGUACAUGUAGACACGCAAGUUAAUUAGUAACUUAUCUUAGGUAGUGAAAUAAAUCGUGUGUACGUUUAGCUUGAUUCAUUCGCUUGGGAUGAGCAGGUACUUUGCACCUGUAGCCUCACGGCUUAAACCUCUCUGGACUUUCCCGGUUGGGUAUGUUGUUUACCUUCAUUUUUACAAACAUUAAAUUAGUUUGUACUUCUGGUUGCGCUGAAAUCGACAGACUGAUGAUGAUGUAGCUUUUACUCUCAAAAGUAAACUAAAGAAUUAGUGUAGCAGAUAUUCCGGCUAAUGCUGAUGUCCCAGCUUCAGAGACACUUCCACUUGGUUAUCUGGCUUACGUGGAAACAAAGCAAUGCGUCUCUUAACCUCUAUUAAGCCGGAUUUAACCUGAUCCAUUAAUGAUAUAAAGUGACCUAGCUGGGGUUCUUACGAACAUUUUUGUGUGCACGUGUCAUUGAGGAAUACGACUAUUGGACUAGUUUACUUUGAUUUGACACCACGGCACCCUAUGGUGCUCCUGCAGGCACCGAGACAUGGAUGUUCCCCAGGCCGUUUUCCCAAACGGUGAGGGGCGCCUGAGCCUCCAAGACCAUGUCUGGACGGAGUCCUCCAGCUCGGAGACUUGGGCUCACUCUGCCCCCGUGUGUCCCCGCUCGCUCUGGACCGCGGUGUUUGACUACGAGGCCAGCGGGGAGGACGAGCUCAGCCUGCGGCGAGGAGACGUGGUGGAGGUCCUGUCUAAGGACGCUGCCAUCUCGGGAGACGAAGGCUGGUGGACUGGGAAAAUUAACCAUCGCGUGGGCAUCUUCCCAUCUAAUUAUGUUACUUACCAACCAGUCAUUUAUAGAGCGGUAGGGGCUCGCGAGAGUGACCCGUCCGCCCCUGUCCGGAUACCGUUCUCUGAACUUGUUCUACAAGAAAUCAUCGGCGUCGGUGGUUUUGGCAAAGUCUACCGGGGGACCUGGAAGGACCAGGAGGUCGCAGUGAAGGCAGCUCGACAGGACCCCGACGAGGACAUUAAAGCGACUGCAGACAGUGUUAAACAAGAAGCUAAACUUUUCUCGAUGCUUCAACAUCCUAAUAUUAUUAAACUAGAGGGGGUGUGUUUGGAGGAGCCUAACCUGUGUCUGGUCAUGGAAUAUGCCCGAGGAGGGACUCUCAACCGCGCUUUGACGGGCAGGAGGAUCCCCCCUCAUAUCCUCGUGAACUGGGCUGUCCAGAUCGCCAGAGGCAUGCAGUAUCUCCACGAGGAGGCUGUGGUUCCCAUUAUUCACCGAGACCUCAAAUCCACCAACAUUUUAUUACUUGAAAAAAUUGAGAAUGAUGACAUUGGUCGAAAAAUCCUGAAGAUUACUGACUUUGGCCUGGCCCGCGAGUGGCACAAAACGACCAAAAUGAGUGCAGCUGGCACUUAUUCCUGGAUGGCUCCUGAGGUCAUCAAGUCCUCUCUGUUUUCCAAAGGGAGUGAUGUCUGGAGCUAUGGAGUCCUUCUUUGGGAAUUACUGACUGGAGAGGUUCCUUACCGUGGCAUUGACGGUUUGGCAGUUGCCUAUGGAGUGGCUGUCAACAAAUUAACCCUUCCCAUUCCAUCUACCUGUCCCGAGCCGUUUGCCAAGCUCAUGGAGGAAUGCUGGGACCAGGAUCCCCACAUCCGUCCGUCCUUUGCUUCCAUCUUGGAGCAGCUGACUGCCAUCGAGGAGGCUGUGAUGGCCACCAUGCCGCAGGACUCCUUCCACUCAAUGCAGGAGGACUGGAGAGUGGAGAUUCAAGAAAUGUUUGAUGAGCUACGCACUAAAGAAAAGGAGCUCCGUUCACGUGAGGAGGAGCUGACGCGAGCAGCCCUUCAGCAGAAGUCUCAUGAAGAGCUGUUGAAGAGGAGGGAACAGCAGCUGGCCGAGCGGGAAAUUAAUGUGCUUGAGCGUGAGCUCAACAUCCUUAUAUUCCAACUCAACAAGGACAAGCCCAAUGUUAAGAAACGAAAGGGCAAGUUCAAGCGCAGCCGCCUCAAGCUCAAAGAUGGCAACCGCAUCAGCUUACCCUCAGAUUUUCAGCAUAAAAUCACAGUUCAGGCUUCUCCGACUAUGGACAAAAGAAGAAGCCUCAACAGCACUAACUCCAGCCCUCCCAGCAGCCCUACACUGAUCCCUCGCCUCAGAGCCAUUCAGUUGAGCCACCCAAGUGACACUAGCCGAAGGGGCAGUAUGUUUGUGUAUCACCAGGAUGUGGAUAUCACAAGCGAGUGUAAACCUCCUAGUGGGUUUAGGAAGAAAGUGACCCUGGAUGAGAGCAACAGGACAUGGGGUCGAAGCACCAAUUACAAACCUGAGGAGUUUGAAGAUGUUAAGAAAGGGUUUAAGAAGAAGGGCCGCACUUGGGGACCAAGCUCUGUGCAGACCAAGGAAAGAGGAAAUUGUGCUGAAAGAGUUCGACCUCUUUCAGAUGGAAGCAGUCCCUGGUCCACUAGUCUUAUGAAGGCCCAGAAUUCUGUUCCAUUGGCUGCAUUAUUUGCGGAGCAGGGAACCAAUAAAGGUGAAGUAUGUUCUACUGAUGGAUCUGACAACAAACCAAAGCAACUGAAGUUCCCCAACCAGGUUUAUAUUGAUCUACCUCUGUGGAAAGAUGAACAGGGGGAGAGCCAGGGGCCGGCCGGUGGAGGUGAGAGCCAGGAAGACCCAACAACAUCCACGAGUUCCACCAGCACCACACCGCAGCACACACCCACCAACAGCCUGAAGCGCACCACCACACGCCGGCGCACAGACACUGUUCUCUAUGGCUGUGCCUCCAUCCUGGCAUCUGUCGCAUUCGGCUUCGACCUGCGAGAGGUUUGUACGAGUGCUGCUAAUGAAGAACCAGAGCUACGUGAGGAGAAGAAAAAACGAGAGGGCCUGUUUCAGCGUGCCACUCGCUUCCGCCGCAGCACCAGCCCCCCUGGUGGCCGCGCACGCAAAGAUGAGGUUACCGCAGGACCCGUAAACCUACUCGCCAUGUCAUCGAUUUUUGAGUGCAACUCCACCAAGUGCCUCCUGCAGUCAGAUUUUGAGGGGUCUGGGUAUAACCCAAUGAACGAGACUCCAGCUAGCAAUUCCCAGACACAUCAGCAUCCAGGCACUAGUGAUGUUCUUCCCUCAGCCCCUGUACAAGAUCACACUUCUGGAUCCAACUCUCGGCUUAGGAGAAAGAAGUCCAGCCCUGCUGUGUGUCAGACCAUUAAUGGCAACAGUAACCUCCAGGCCAGUCCACCUGAUUCCUCUACCACUUCCCUGAAAAAGAAGGCUGAUAGAGAGCCUGCUCAAGCGAAGCAAGCCUCCGGGGAACCAGUAUCUAGACCCAGGCCCCUUUCCCUUAGAAGCAAACCUCACUCCUGGGGGCUUCUAAAGAACCGCAAUAAGAGCUAUUCUCUCGGGCACUACUCUGGGGAGAAGAGUGCCCAAAACUUGGACAUGGUCCUCCCCUCAGAGGUCAAAAUGGGCUGCUCUUUGCUGGAUAUGGACACAGAGGGUCAAAAACGAGACUGCACAGUUCCCCUCUGUCGAAUACAGAGCUCACCAAGUAGACUGUCUGUCUUCGAACUGGAGAAUGAGUUUUUAUCCUGAAAUAAGCUGCAUCUGGAACAAUCUUACGUUUGUCUUCAAUCUGUCUGUUCAACAUGACAUUAAGUUGUUUUUUUCCCCAAGAUUAAUAUCAUGGCCUUUGAUCAAUAUUUGAGCCAUUGCUGCUGGAGAUAUUCUGUGCUACAUUUAUUUAUAUGCUGUUUACUUUGGUAUGUAAUUUAAUAUGAAGUGACAUAUAUGAAGUGAAUGAUCAGCAUUCCACUGAAUUUACAGUUAGAAUUGCUGGUUUGUAGUUUUUACAAAGUGACUUGAUUUGUAAACCUUUUACACUGAUGAGCAAGAUCUCAGAUUCUGUUAGAAACUAUUGAUUUUUAAAGUGUUCAGGCAUUUUUGUCAUUUGAUUUCAUAUCAUGUAAUGUCACAUGAAAGGCAUAAACAGGGCCCACAGUGUUUAUAUAAAUAAUAAUAGUUGUACAGAUGAAGUGGCUUAGCUAAUGUAGCUAACAGAACUUGUGUUUGCUUGCUCAAACAGCGCUUUCAAGUUCCCUACAUAGCUCAUUAUUUUUCCUGUACUAAUACAUUACAUUUUCAGGGUUUUGUCUUUUGUGACCUGUUUGAAAUUGAUUCCUGGUGGUCAGCAUUAGUUCUUUCUGAUCAUUUUUUUUGGAACAUUGUUUUUUCCUAAAGUUAUAUUGGAUAGCCACCUCAUGGACUCUCUCCUUUUAUAGCUUUAAGUCAGAUGCAUUUUAUCUAAUUAUGUCUUUUAGAAGUGAACACAUGCCUUUAGCUUUUUAGGUUUCAUAACCCAAAUGAGAAGCUAUAUAUAGUUCAUUAUGCUGCCAAAUAGUGAUAAAUGAAUUAGCUAUAUUGUUAGUGUCUAUCAAUAUUGCAAUUAUUUCACAAAUCAUUCCAGUCUAUACAAACCCUACAAAAUGAAUUUAACUAAUAGAUUUAAGCACAAGGAUGCUACUUAAAAACUGUUACCGUCUGAGUAGCUUGUUUUUGAGAUUUACGCUGCUGUAGUUUCUCUAAAACUUCAAAACAGAAAGUUUAAAAUUAUAAUUGAUUUAUAUGACGUGAAAUCAAGAUUUGGUGUACCUUUUCCUUACUUUCCAUACUUCAGCUUGAACUGUGUGUAAGUGAUUUAAAGUGUUUCUGCAAACCCAAAUGCUUUUUUUUAGCUGUCAUUCUAUAUAUUCAAACUGUUUUCUUAAUCAUUACCCUGUGUAAAAGACUAAUUUAUUAGCUUGUUCAUUGUCUAAUGUGAACUUCAGUAUCUUGCAUUUCCGUUUUGUCUCUUUGUAUCACUUAAGUUGUUAUUUUGUAUCUUCAAGAUGUGGAGAUUGAGAUUCAGAACGAUUAUUUGAACAAAUUGAAACAUUUUGUGGUUGUAGGGUGUCCAAUGGAAGAGUACUGUACUCUUAGUUUGUUGGAAAAGAUGUGUUUGAGAAACAACUCAGUAUUGAAAAGCUUAUUAUAGUAAGGACUAGAAUUAUUUACUGUAAUUAUCAGGAUAAAUGUAUUGUCUGUUCAGAAAUGAUCACAGGAUUUCCCACUGAUUCCUGUUCAAAAUCACCCGUUAUGUGGUGAUGUUUUGAAGGAAGAACAAACAAUGUUUUGUAGCACUGUAAUUUUUGAGUCAUGUAUUGAUGAUUGCUCAUUACAUUUAUGCUGUUAUUGUAUUAAGACAUAAUGAUUACUGUUAGUUUAGAUAUGCAACUGCACAUUAGGAUUCAUAAGAACAAAGGGCUUGGAGAGACAUUGUGGUGCUUCCUUUUUAUGUCUUGCAAUGAUCAAUACUAGAUGAAGUAACAAUAAUAUGAUGCCUGUUUUUGAAGAAUUCAUCUGGUGUUCUUGUCUAAGCACAAUCAUGUCUCUUAUUAUGGGAGAACUGCAGAGAUCAGACUGUUUUUUUUAAAGCAGUUUUAUUUGGACCGAUUCCGAAACGUGAAGGACACAGAUGUGUGAAUGACAGAAAAGCUUUAGAGAAAGCAACAGAUGAUUUAUGUUUUCACCAAAGUUGAAGUCUUGGAUUGUGAAAUGAUUUUGAAAGAUUGUUACAUGGUACACAAUGCACUGCUAAUAGUUUUACUGGUUUGCUUAUUAGUGUCUGCUGUAUUGAGCUCUGUUUUAUCCCAGGUUUUACCCAUGUGACCAGUUUAGAUUUAUGUUAAAAGCUGUUCUGUUCAGAUGUGGACUGGUUAUUUGCUCCAGGAGGGCUCAAAGAAAAAAGGGCUGAGCCCAGAAUCAUCUCCUUUAUAUCAAAUUCUACUAUUUUUACUGUACACAAGUGACCAAUAAAUACUUUAUACAACA